AUGGUUCAAGCUGGGUGCAAUGUCGCCGCGAUUGGUCCGUCUGCAUUAGAGAUUUCAGCGGGUUAUGGAAGCCUGCUCGAAUGUGGUCUCUUGCUUGGCGCAGGGAUCAUCAACAUUGACGAGUAUGGGCUUGGUGGCAGAAGUGGCCUGCAGUGUGCUGCGAUUGAAGGAAGGACAGCCGUUGUGGAGUACCUCAUUGAUCGAGGCGCGGAUAUCAACCUUCCUGCAAGCCCUGUUGACAGGGAACGGCGGCUCACAGCACUUCAGGCCGCAGCUCUAGGAGGGCAUACCGAGACGGUGGACUCUCUCAUUGAAGCCGGCGCAAACUGCCAAGCACCUGCAAACACCAAUGGGCUUAUCACCCUGCUGGAAGCGGCAGCUGGACCCGGAGCCUGGACGGCAAACCACGUUCCCCUCAAUUGGAAAGUCAGUCGCGAAGUCAUUUUUAAAAAAUUGCUUGCCCGGUCUGAGAGUGGCACUAUCAAUCGUACUGACGGCACUGAUAGCACUGUUUUGCAUCGUCUCAUUAGGACAGCACCAAUACAGUGCCUGGAUCUAGCGCUCAGGGCUGGGGCAAGGACUGAAGACAGAAACCCUGUUGACAGAAUGACUCCCCUCCAAUACGCAGCAAGAUUUGGCAAAUUUGAUGCCAUGGAGCUUCUCAUCAAGUACAAUGCCAACAUCAAUGCUCCGGCAGCAGACAAAAGCAAGCAUGGUCGCACAGCUCUACAGGCUGUCCUGGAAGAUCCAUUCCUCGCCAAGAUUAUUGCAUUUCUUUUAAUACAUGGCGCAGAAGUCAAUGCCCCGCCUGCGGAAGUCGGCGGUAUCACAGCUCUACAGGGAGCUGCAAUUCGCGGAGAUGUCCAGGUUGCCAGAAUGCUAAUUGCUCGCGGAGCCAACGUCAAUGCACCGCCAGCUCUUAGAGAUGGCCGAACUGCUCUUGAAGGAGCGGCCGAGCAUGGCCGACUCGGGAUGGUGCAGUUCCUUCUCAAGAACGGUGCGGUACCUGACCUGAGUAAGGGUUUUGGAACAGCAAUCAAACUUGCUGAGAAUAGGGAGCGCUUUGAUAUUGCAGAUCUGUUACGAAGGGAGCAAGGACCGGCGUACACUAAUCUAUUCAACAACCUCAGCGACCAGCUAGCCUGGAAUCCUGAGCCACACAUGCCAGAGCUGGGCACGGUGAUGGACAAUGAUGACCAAGACGAAAUGGUUAUCUAAAUCUUUUUUCAGUUAGAC